UCCUGUCUCCCUCGGCAGAAUGUGGGUCGUCUCCCUCGAGACUUUGAUUAAUGUUUUCUGCUUCCACGUGGGUUUUGCCGUCGAAACGGAGCAGUCAUCGGGUCCGGAGUUUUUCGAGACAGUCAUAUCUGAGAAACUGCGGCUCUUGCCGAAAGUCUUCGAAUCGAAGUGCGGUCCCGUUCAUCGGUGCUCUGGAGAUUCUGGGUCGGUUUACGGAAUCUCGACGGCGUUCCAAAUGAGCGGCAGUGUCGAGUGCAAACUCCGUCCAACCGCGAUUUCCACCGAGUGCGAGAUACCCCUCAAAGUUCAGUGGCUCCGGGCGAGAAUUGGAAACGAGGGCUCAGAUGAAAUAUUCUUCAAAAUGGCUCGAGGACGAGUAGUUUAUCACGAAAAUUUGGGCAUCAGAGAAGAUGGCUUCGAAGAUCUCAUCGAACAGAUUGUCGUGGACGAUGCGUCCCAUGCCCUCGAAUUGCAGAGCAUCAGAAGGUGCGUUAUAAGCGCAUUGAAUGAUCUGAAUACUAUGUUGAGCUGCCUCAUCCUGGGUAGGCAACCGUGCGACCAUGCUCCAUCUGUGAGGUGUGCCCUGUGA